GAACUACUUGCAGCAGUUGCAGAAUCAAAACAAACAUGGCGGAGGAGUCUUCGGACGAGGAGCAAUAUGAAGAUCUUAACGUUCAAAAUGGAUACGAUGGUGAACUUGAACUGUACCUCAGGGGUGAUUCUGAAUCAGAUACAAGUGACUCGGCAGCUGAAAUUGUCCAGGAUAGUGAUGAAGGCGGAGCCCUUAAUGAGUGUACGGUGAAUUUUGACCAGUCUCUUCCAACUCGCCAUCAAUAUCUUGGCGAAGAAAUGGAUGAGUUCAGUGGACGCACAUAUCAUGAGCCUGGUUCACAUAUCACCCUUCCAUUACUGAUGUUACCUGGUCUUGUUCUGGUCCCUGGACAAACUCUUCCUCUUCACUUAUUUCAACCUCAGUCUGUGUCAAUGAUGAAAAAUAUUAUAGAAAAAGACAGAACGUUUGGCAUGGUAAAUGCAAGAUAUGGCAUUAACCAAAGCCAGCUGCUUGCUGCCAUUGGAACCACAGCAGAGAUAUUCUCCAUGAAAGAAGAGUCUGAUGCAGGAAUUAAUACACUGCGUAUCAAAGCUACAGGCCGUCAAAGGUUUCGAAUUAAAGAACUGCGUAGGCAAGUGGAUGGUAUUCUACUGGCCACAGUGCAUGUUUUACCAGAAGUCAACCUUCCCUCUCAUCCUGAGGGUGCACUUUGGUCUUGUUACCACAAGUUUGGUUGCCAGGGAACCACUAGUGGCUACCAUGAAAAACCACACCAGGUCACCUCCAGAAAAAACAGACUGGGGAAGAAUAAGUAUCACAAGGUACCCACCAGUCUAAGUUCAUGGCCAAGCUGGGUAUAUGAGUUGUACAAUCCAUUUCUUCUGAUGGAGCUAAUCAAGAAAGAGUUAAAAAGUUGGAGUGAAACUCUACGUAUCGACAACGUUCCUAGAUCACCAUUAGACUUUUCUUUUUGGGUGGCAGCCAAUAUGCCCUUAGAUGAUAGCCUUAGACUUCAAAUACUUGGUAUCAACUGUCCUACUCAAAGACUACGAAAAGAGCUAGAAAUAGUCCGUAAGUGUAGCGUGUUGUGCUGUCGUAGUUGUGAUACCAAGAUCGUGGAAAAAAGUGAUUUGUUCAGCAUGUCCUUGGAUGGUCCGUUGGGUGCUUAUGUGAAUCCAAAUGGCUGGGUGCACGAGACGCUCACAUUUUACCGAGCCUCCGGCAUCAGACUUAGAGGAAAACCCACCGCACAGAACAGCUGGUUUCCAGGGUAUGCUUGGACUAUAGCUGAAUGUGCCCAAUGCGCUGAUCACUUAGGAUGGCGUUUCACUGCGGUCAAAAAGGGUCUGUCGCCCAAUAAGUUUUGGGGACUAACCCGAGCGUCUCUGCGUCCCACCUUAAAAUACGACGAGCAAGAAGAAACGUCGGGAAAGUAUACAAGGGCGUCAUCCUCCUCAUCCACCUCUUCGUCCCCAUAGAGACCCGUGCAGUGCAGCUAAAAGUAGCUCAAAAUACUUGAAACCCCAGCUUUGAAAACCUUGGACCCUGUCUUGGCUCGUUGUUGUAGAGAGGAUAUCAAGUUUUCUAACUUGUGAGGGGUUAGAAAACUGUGAAUGUCAAUGCACUUCUUUAGAAGGGUUCCAGAUAAUGCACCUCCAUACGUCGAUAAUUCAUGUGGACUGAGUGAAAGACAAAAAAUUUGUCAACGAUGGCUAUGACCGCACAACACUUUGAAAAUGUAGAACAAAAGUUUGAUGUUAUAUUGUAGAAAACUGAACUUUCUCUGUUUUGAUAAAAAUUGUAUCAAACAUGGACGAGGGAUCAGUUGUAUCCGCCACAAGGUUCUUUGUUAGUUUAAGCUCUAAACACGCGUACACAAGGUAUCGUUAUAGUUAGCAAAGCGCUCUUUACACCUUCGAUACGUAAAUGAAGUCGCAAUUACCCAAUAGUUUUAGAGGACGCGGUGUACGUCUAGAAUAGGGCUGUCUGAGAGCCUUAAUCAGCGUUGCUAUAUGUCGAGAGAAAUUCUAAUUUCUCUCAGCGUAGUGUUCUGAGUGAGAAAAAUCAGAGCAGGGAAGGGAAUACGGGAAGGCAGAGGAAAUUGAGGCGCUCUGACGGUUAAUGUUAUAAGAGUUAUAAGUAAGGCCAACUUGACUUGCGGUAAUAAGAAGAACAGUGAAACGUGCAUAGUUAGGACUCAUUGUUGACUGAGGAAAGCAUGAGUUGUGUUACUUCUAAUGAAAAAGGAGGCGGCGAUAGCAUUUGUUUCAGUAAAAACCAGUAAGCCUUACGGUCGUAUUGAUACAAAGAUGAGAUGGAAUUCUCUCGUAUGUAGUUUGAAUGAUAAAGAGCUUAAUAUGCAAGUUAGCAUAACAAAUGUCUUCGACGAGAGUAACGAGAAAUGAAGCUUUUUCACCUGUAAUGGUGUUUGAUGAUUUUAA